AUGGCCCAGGAGCUGGUCCUUCAGUUGCUGACUGUCUGGUCUCUGUGUCACGCGAACAUCACUCCAAGUGUCCCUCCAGAUUUAUACCCCAAGCCCUGGCUGGAGGCUCUGCCGGCCACCAUCGUGACCCCAGGCACCAACGUGACCCUGAGGUGCCUGGCGCCCCAACAUGCCUGCAGUGCCUGCAGAUUUGCGCUGUUCCAAGCUGGACAUGCCACUCUGCAGAAUGUUUCUGGGGAACUGGCAGAGGUCUUCUUGGAGGAGGUGACGCCGGCCCAGGGGGGUGUCUACCACUGCCGCUACCAGUCCCUGCGCUGGGCGCCCGAUGUGUGGUCCUCGCCCAGCGAUGCCCUGGACCUGCUGGUACUUAAGGAGCUGCCGAGGCCCACACUGGAGGCCCUGCCCGGGACCCCCCUGAGCCUGCGCUGCGCCGGGAGCCUGGGCGGGAUGAACUUCGCGCUCUACCGAGUCGGGGUUCAAGAGCCGUUGCUCUACGGCCGAUCGCCCUGGCGCUGGGCCGACUUCCCGCUGCCCUCGCCCGGGGCCCCUGGCACCUACGUCUGCUACUACCACACGCCCUCCGCGCCCUACGUGCUGUCCCCGAGAAGCAGGCCCCUCGUCGUCGAUGGUGAUGGUGAGGGACCCCUGGACUACACGCAGGGGAACGUGGCCCGCCUGGUGCUGGCUGGGCUGGUGGUGCUGGGCCUGGGCGUGCUGGGUGCCUGCGAGUGGCGCAGCCGGAGCCGCCUCAGAUGGCAUCUACCGGGGUCCCAGCCUCAACCCCAGCCCCAGGCCUGGUCGGGGUGCCCCACAGGGCUGGACCUGGAAAAUGCGGUGUGA